CACAGCACUGAUAUCACUGUGCAUAGUAACAUGUCAGUAACAUUGGAUUGCACCGUGAUUGGCUACCCCUUCCCUACAAUCACGUGGUACAAAAACGAYGACAUCAUCAGCUGUUCAGAGAGUCAGAUGAGUUUCCAUAAUUACCCACAAUGCAGUUUGAGUGAGAAAAUGACGUCAGUGGAGAUUCACGGAAAGCCGAAGAUAUUCAGACAAAGAGGGAUCAAGAUGAUAGUCCCAACCGUUGAGAAKUUAGUCGCCGUUCAAUCAAAGCUACAAACGGACGACGCCAGUGCAGCUGGUCCUUUGGAUUUGUACUCGUGCAAAGCGAGMAACCAUCUUGGUUUCAGCUCACAUACCUUCAAGGCUUAUGGUGUCAUUAGAGAAAGUCUAAAAAUUGUACAGUAACUUUGUUACUAAAUAAAAACCAGUAU